AUGGCGGACGCUGAAAUCGAGACUAAACAGCGUAAAUCCGUUGCCUUCAGUGAAGGUUCGGUCAUCAUGGAUACCAACGGCCAAGUUACAGACGCUCCCCCGGCUGAGAAGCCCACUGGCGAGCAAGAAGUCGAUGAGGUGACUGAAAUGUUCAAGGGUCUCUCAAAGAAGAAGAAGUCCACCAAGAAGUCCAAGACCGAAGCCGGCGAUGACGAAGAAACCCCCCGCUGCCGACGGCGAGCCCCCAAGGACUUUGACGCCCAGCUCGCUGAAGCCGGUGUCGACGACGAUGAGGCCGCCGAAGAGACCCCCGAGGAGGUUCCCGAGGGUGACCCCGAGGCUGGUACCGGCAUCUGGCAACACGAUGCCACACAAGUCAUCCCCUACGCCCUUCUCGCUUCCCGCUUCUUCUCCCUCAUCCAGAGCCACCACCCUGAUAUGCUCUCCGGCGGCUCCAAGUCCUACAAGAUUCCUCCUCCCCAGUGCCUGCGUGAAGGAAACCGCCGAACCAUUUGGGCCAACAUGAGCGAGAUUUGCCAGCGUAUGAAGCGUUCAGACGACCACGUUAUGCAGUUCCUCUUCGCCGAACUUGGUACCAGUGGCAGUGUUGACGGUAGCCGACGUCUAGUCAUCAAGGGCCGAUUCCAGCAGAAGGGUAUUGAGAGUGUUCUGAGAAAGUAUAUUGUCGAGUACGUCACUUGCAAGACCUGCCGCAGCCCCGAUACCGAGCUCAGCAAGGGAGAGAACCGUCUGUACUUCCUUACCUGCAACGCCUGUGGUUCUCGUCGCUCCGUCGCCGCCAUCAAGGCUGGUUUCCGUUCCCAGAUCGGCCGCAGAAAGCGCGUGGGUUAA